GUAUAGAUCUUAAUGCCAAACCUGAAAUUGAUAUUGUACCAGCUGAAGAUGCUAAGAAAGAAGAUGAUUUGUUUAAUGAGUUGGAUCGUGAUGAACCCCCUGUCAAACCUUCAACUGAUGAUGAUGAUGAUUCUACAGAUCCAACCAAACCUUCAUAUAAUCAUGAUGAACUUUAA